AAAGAAAAAAAAAGAAGCUUCAAUUAGCAUUUUUAUGUCAUAGCGAGAGUUUUCCCCGUUGUGUCCAGGGAGGGGGCUUCGUGUUGUUUCAGCUCGGUGUGUGUUCCACGGAGCCCGUCCUCUCUGCACUGCAGUCAGCUCUAUACUCGCACAUUAGGCGUAGGAAGGUCACGUUACAAAGCGGCUCGGCACUAGCUGCUGCUGGAGAGAGGAGGACUGCGCAAAAACCACGGCCCGGAUUUGUGCCUGUCUGACGUCAUGUGGAGCCACAGACCUCUCUGACAGGAUCCAACAACGAAAAGCGCCGGGGGUAUAUGAUCAACAUCCAACCGGGCCGGGAGAUGUCGACGAGCACAUCGCUGUUUUGUGUCACAUACUCGCCGGUCAAGUAAAGCCAGGCGCGGAGAUUUCGCUCCGCUCGAUUGUGCGGUCGCGACGCACUAUGAGAGCGCUCGUCUGCUAUUAAAGGGACUACAACGGCCGUUUUCUGACUCAAAACGAGCUGCACUGUUGACCAGAGAGGGAUAAGCAGCCAGAGAACAACUGCUAAUCCCCCCACGGGCGGUCACAUUCACGGCGGGGCUCGGACCCGAGAGAAAUGGACAGGGCAGCACGAACUGGAUUAAAUGAUAGGGAAUAAAGGAGACGCGGCGAACAAAGCGAACCCGAAGUGUUAUGUCCGUUAACCCGUGUGGUCUUUACAUGACUGGAAAUGGGAGCUUUAACGAGCAGACAAAACAUAGGCGUGGAAGAAGUGGACAUUCCGUCCAAUUCGGUGUACCGUUAUCCACCAAAAUCUGGGAGCUACUUCGCCAGCCAUUUCAUCAUGGGCGGAGAGAAGUUUGACUCCACCCACCCGGAGGGUUACCUGUUCGGGGAAAACACAGACCUUAACUUCCUGGGGACCAGACCUGUGGCGUUCCCAUAUGCAGCCCCUCCACCUCAGGAACCAGUGAAGACGUUACGAAGCCUUAUAAACAUCCGUAAGGACACGCUGCGGCUUGUACGGUGCAGCGAGGACCUGAAGCUGCCGGGUGAUGAAGCGGCAGGGAAGAACAGGGCCUGCUACAACAUCGAGUUCACCUUCGACGCAGACACACAGGUGGCCAUAACCAUCUACUACCAGGCCAUGGAGGAGUUUCACAACGGAGUGCCAGUUUACCUGCCCCAGGACAGCUCUCUCCAGUCUGAGACGGUGCACUUCAAGAGGGGAGUGUCCCAGCAGUUCUGUCUGCCCUCUCACACCGUCAACCUCAGCGAGUGGGCUGACGAGGAGCUGCUGUUUGACAUGGACAAAGAGAUUUUCCCCAUGGUGGUGCAGGCUGUAGUGGACGAGGGGGAGGAACAUUUGGGCCACUCUCACAUACUGCUGGCUACAUUUGAGAAGCACAUGGACGGGAGCUACUGUGUGAAGCCUCUGAAGCAGAAACAAGUGGUGGAUGGAGUGAGUUAUCUACUGCAGGAGAUCUAUGGGAUAGAGAACAAAUACAACAGCCAGGAAUCAAAGGUUGCUGACGAUGAGAUCAGUGACAACAGCGCUGAGUGUGUGGUGUGUUUGUCGGAUGUGAGAGACACACUCAUCCUGCCAUGCAGACACCUGUGUCUCUGCAACGCCUGCGCAGACACCCUGCGCUACCAGGCCAACUGCUGCCCCAUCUGCAGACUGCCAUUCAGAGCUCUGCUGCAGAUCCGAGCCAUGAGGAAGAAACUCAGUCCUCUUUCACCUACCAGCUUUAACCCCGUCAUCACGUCACAGACAUCUGAUUCAGAGGAGCACUCGGCAUCUGAGCACAUCCCUCCAGGCUACGAGGCGGUGUCUCUUCUGGAGGCGCUGAACGGACCCCUCAACACGUCCUCGGUGGUCCCUCCGCCUCUCCACUCGGGUCCCAGCCACGUCUCCAGAGCGCUGCCUCCAUACAGCAGCGAGCCUCACCCGGCUCCGGCCCGCUCCCUCUCCCCUCUGGACCACUCCAACGCCAGUCAGGGACUCAAACUCAAGAAGAGUGGUUCAAAGUCACUUUCCCAGAAUUCCUCUGUGCUUCCCGAGGAGGAAGAUGAGAAGUCUUGCAGUGAGUCCGAGGCCUGCCGCCACAAACUCGCUGUGGACCCGCAGGAGAGCGGAGUGACUCCAGACAGCGAGAACCUGACGCUGUCUUCGUCUGGAGCCAUCGACCAAUCAUCCUGCACCGGGACGCCGCUCUCCUCCACCAUCACCUCUCCUGAAGACCCAGUGAGCAGCAGCCUGGUCCAGUCAGUGAUGUCCAUGGCCUCGUCCCACUCGCAGCACUCCCACAUCAGCACUGACACCAUGUCCUCCAUGUCAGGGUCCUACCUGGCCGGGGCUGAAGGCGAGCCUGGGGGUGACGACGGUGGAGACGUGGACGGCGAGGAGAGCCAGGAUGCUCCUAUGGAGAGCAGAGGACCGUCGCAGCAGGAUGGGGAAUUUUCCCAGGAGCCAAACGAACAAAACUACUCGGUGGCUAUAGAGGAGCAGGACUCAGAGGGGAACGAAGUCACUGAAGAGGACUGCUCCUCCCCGUCGAACGGGAAAGGUGGGCGGAGCAGGUGUCCAGAGUUGGCCAAUAACAAUCAGGGCGUCGCCCUCUGUGACACGCCCUCUUUGGGGUUGGAUAAUGAGCAGGCUUCCGACAGCCGAUUCGCCGGUCUGAUGUACCUUGCGGGCUACAGGCCUGUUUUGGAGCCCCUCCCCCACCACACCUCCACCAGCAAUAUCAACCUGGAGGAGCAGGGGGCCCAGAACAGGGACGGCCAGAGUCCUAAACAUCCCCGCCGUGGACCACUCAUUGUGUAACACAAACAAAAGCGCGCCCGCAAAUGACACCCAGACUUACUUAUCCAGAGUCAGCUCCUCUUACCCUGCCAUAGUGCUGCAUUGCUGGAUACUGUCCUCACUGAACAGGGACACCCCUCCCCAUUCAUCCUCCUAUUCAUCCUCCAUCCUGUCUGAACAUUUCCUGCAUUGAUUGUCUUUGCUGGCGCUGAAACUCCUCUCCAGUGGGAAGAGGAGAGAAGAGGAACAGAGCAGCAUCACGUGUCAAUCAUCCAUGCACUUUUAUAUCGCAGAAGUUUUAGUUUUUUUGUCUGUGACCUAAUUUGUUGUGAGAAUGAUUAGCCUAGUGCUACACUAUUAUUUAUUACCUGUAGGUCUAACCAGUGAGAGCUUUGUUUUUUGACAUUAUCUCUAGAAAAAUCCAUGCUGCUCCUCUCCUUUCCUCUCCUCUAUUACCAGCCAAACAGUCAGGGGCUACUGUGAUCGGCAAUCGGAUUUAUUACUAACGUGCUUCUUCUUCUUCUUCUUCUCUGUUAUAAACUGUAUGUUGAUUGAGUGGUCAGACACUAUUUAAAAGUCAGCUCACACCGGACUACCUUACCCGAGCUAAAACGUGCUGACUCCACUCCUCGGAUCAGGGAGCUCCCGUCUCAACUUCGCAUGCAUGCAUGCAUGCGACUUCUGCUGAUGUUUUUCCUCUCACUCCAGCCGUGAUUUUCAAACACCUCUGCUGAAUGUGAAUACAGAAGAGGUCGGACUUGUAAGGUGGCAGAUGAGCCAAGAAGUGGACUGAAGGACAAAAAAAGACGUUACACAGAAUGUAGGACGGUGAACGUGGAUCUCUUUAGAAGGGGAAUGUACGUGACAUUGAAAUCAUCACCUAAACUGGAAUUAAACUUUGAACCCUGGUUCGCCAAACACACAAACACACACACACCCUCCUCUCCUUCUGCAGUUCCAUCUUAGCAUGUCAGUAUUAUUGUAGUGCAACUGGAAACCAACAAGUACCACCAAGCAAUAAAGAUGCUGCAGCUGCUCCUUUUCUCCCCUGCUGGAGGACGUGCAUUUUCGGUUCAAACAAAGACUGUGUUUGCACUGUCUUGUCACAUUCAGUCAGACAUUUCAAAGUGUUUGUCAUUUUUUUUUUUUUUUUAAUUUUGCCAUUGUAAAGGGAUUUAUUGUGAGAAAAAUAUUGUUUAGUGAAUUUGAAAAAGUGACCUUCGGGCCACACUUAUCCUCAUAUUCCCUGUUGUUAUUAUCAUAAUCCGAGCCCUUUUCUCUUUGUUUGUGAAGCUUUUAGUUGUUUUGGUUUUGUACAACUUUGACGUAUAGCUCACCUGUUGCUGAUGUUCUCCGUUUCUGUGUUUUAAUUUGUUGCAAAACACUGUGUCGUUUAAUGGAAUGUGGAUGAAAAUAUGUGAAAAAUUUGUAAAGGUUUACACACUUGCGCACACGCGUGUGCUCACAUGACAAAUAACUGAAAAGGGACAAUAUUAACAUUUAAUGCACUAUUAGCUGUUUCCUAGACAACACUUUGUGGCGCAUGAGGCGACAGUAGAGUGAGCAUGUUAGUCUAGGUCAGCCUGCACCCUCCUGUAGAAUACUUGAUGAUGGAUCACUGCACACACACUUAAAGCCGUACCAUAUCCGUCUACAGUGUUAUAUAUCGGUUGCUGGCUCCCUAUUUCCCUUGGCCCGAACUGUUAUGGUCAAGAGUACUGCACUACUAUAUCCAAGCUGCAAACAGUCAUGUGAUUCAGUCCGAAUGUUCAGAUGAAGCCGCUCUCUGGCACCAGUCGCAGUAUGAUAUCAAAGGAAUGGGUCCUGACCCCACUUUUCUAAAACUACGAGUGAAAAUGUCAAAGAAAACAUCAAACGGACAAUAAAGUUUUUGCAUCUAAUCAGUCACUCAGUGGUUUGGUGUU